UGAGACUUCGCCACACGUGGAAGAGGAAAGAAGAGAAAUCACGAGCGUCGCGUGUUUCUCGCUUUAAAAACGAAAUAAUAUCAAAUUUGAUAAAUUUCUCUGGAUCUUAGAGACGCUUUGUUUUCAUCGCCAUGUUUCUGCAGUUUUACGACACCGAGACCGGGGAGCGAAUCUACACCCUGAAGAAGCUGAGACCCGACGGGCAGCCCACCAGCUCGGCCCACCCGGCCCGCUUCUCCCCGGACGACAAGUUCUCCAGGAACCGGGUUCUGCUGAAGAAACGCUUCGGCCUCCUGCUCACCCAGCAGCCCAGACCGGUCCUGUGAGGGAGGGAGGGAGGAGAGGAAGGAGGAAGGAGGGAGGAUGGGACUUGAACAGAGAGAGAGAGAGAGCCAGGAACCCAAGGCCCAAGAGAGGGACUGGACAUGAAUUGGAAACCAGCUGUCGUUGAUGUGGAGAAACAUUUUUUUACGUACCAGGAUUUGUUCUUUUUUAGGUUUUGGUUAUUUUGUUUUCCUGCUGAAUAAAUGGUCUCUAGAUGGACUGUAUUCUUUUGUUGGUGUGUAUGAAAUCCAGAGGUGACAAAUUAAACCGUGUCUCCUGAGGGGAGAAAUACAACAAA